AUGUCAGACUUGCCAGAGCUUAGGGAUCGUCCCUUUGUGAGGCCGGCAGCUUCCGACGAUACUUCAAGCAACUUUGAGUCCGUUGUUGACUCUGAUGAAGACUACGAAUCGGACUAUGAUAGCGCUUAUUUCAUGACAGCACAAGAGCAAUGGGAUACUAGCAUGAGAGAAAUAACUGGCUUGAUAAAUAUGAUUUUAUUUCCAUUGAUUGGAAAGUUAUUGGGAAGAAGAUUUAGCCAUAUUGUAUGGAGAAAGUUUGCAAACUGGUGGUACGUUUGA